AUGGGAAGAAGAAAAGUGGAGAUCAAACUAAUUGAGAGCAAAAGCAGUCGACAAGUCACCUUCUGUAAAAGAAGAAAUGGUCUCAUGGAGAAAGCUCGUCAACUCUCAGUUCUCUGUGAAUCUUCCGUAGCUGUUGUCGUCGUCUCCAACACCGGAAAACUCUAUAGCUCUUCCUCCGGCGAUUGCAUGGCCGAGAUCCUCAAGCGUUAUGAAAUCCAACAUGCUGAUGAACUUAAAACCCUGGAUCUUGCAGCAAAAACUCGGAAUUAUCUUUCGCACAAGGAUUUACUAGAAACAGUCCAACGAAUGCUUGAAGAAGCAAAAAGUGACAAUGUUAGUAUCGAUUCUCUAAUAUCCUUGGAAGAGCGGCUCAAGACUGCUCUGUCUACAGAGCUAAUGAUGGAGCUUGUGAAGACCCUUCAAGAAAAGGAUAAGCAGUUGACAGAAGAGAACCAGGUUUUGACUAGCCAGCUUACACAGAUGGAGAAGAACAUGUUUAUGGAAACAGAGGAUGAGAGCCUGACAUCUCUGGAAAAUAACUCCGGCAACAACCCACUGGAGACUCUUCCGUUGCUCAAGUAA